GGGAGCCACAACACGCGAAUCAUGCUGCUGCUCCUCAUCGUAUCCACGGUCAAUGUGCUGUUUGGUGUUGGAAUGGUUUGCAUGCCCCUGUCAGACAACGGGCCCCACAUCGCCCACGGCUGGGCCCAGGUGGUGCGGCUCAGGCACCUUUACGCCACCAGGCCAGGAAUGCACCUGCUGAUCAGUGAGGGCGGACAGAUCCGUGGUUCUGCCGUCCAGACUCUGCACAGCCUAAUGGAGAUUCGUCCAGUGGGUCCAGGCCGUGUUGCCAUCAGAGGGGUGGCAACCGCAAGGUUUCUCUGCAUAGAAGACGACGGCACACUGUACUCAUCGCAUGCCUACAGCAGAGAGGACUGCAUCUUCAGAGAGGAGAUCUUGCCAGAUGGGUACAACAUCUAUAUCUCUGACAGACAUGGAGUCCUGCUCAGUCUGGGAAACCACCGGCAAAGACUGCAGGGCUUAGACCGAGGAGAUCCAGCCCUGGCCCAGUUCCUCCCCAGGAUCAGCACUCUGAAUCAAAUCCCUUCCCCUGGGGCAAAAAUCGGUGACCGCAUGGAAGAAGCAAAAACAGAAGAACCUGUGGACACAAUAGAUUCAUUUGGAAAGUUCUCUCAGAUCAUUGACAGCCCCAGCUUCCAUAAGAGAUGAGCCUGCAGCUCUAAGACACCUGCUAAUGCAUGUGCCAAGGCGUGUCUGUGCAUUAUUCUCCGAGUGUUGUAAAACCAGCGACUGGGUGCAGCAUUCCUGUACCGGGGAAAGUACCUGCCCGCACUGUUAAGUCCAAAAGACUCCAAGUGACCCAAAAGACUACAAGAGCAGAUCCAACGGAGUGGAGGACAGGUGUAGUGUGCUCUCCAGGACACUGGUACGACAAGGUGAGGGUGCUCACUGACCACAGGCAAACAAAAAGCAACACAAACACAUGCAGGAAAAGGAAUUAGUCAGGCUGACUGAGAAGGAGCGCCGUAAAUGCUGUAACACUAAAGAAAGAGUCCGACGUAUUCCUGAAAUAUGAAGCAGGAUUUAGGCGUAGUGAGGUAACCUCUGCUUUAGCCUUGGGUUUUACUGUCAAUGAGGUGCUCUUUUCACAUCGCCACAGUAAAUUAUGCUCUGGAGCAGAUAGUGUUCAACAUAAGCAAUCAACAGAUACAAAACCUUGGUGCAGGCAAUGAGAGGGUUUCUGGUUUGUGAACACUUUUAAAGACUUUUCCUGAAAACCAUCAAUGGAUUUUUUUUACCCUCUUAUGUAUACAGGAUGUAGCAGUGAUGCUGAUAAGUUGACACACAACUGGAUUUUUUUAUUUAAUUUCAUUUUAUCCUAAUUUAAUUUUUCCCAGCUUUUUACAGACCACUCAGAAUGCUUAACGCUAUAAACUAAACACUUCUUAAUACGACCUUUUUAAUAUUGCUUAGCCUGAUGUUAGUAGUGGGGUAAGUUCAGUCACAGAUACAGACUGAACUUACCCCAUACAGAUGUACAGAUGAGGAUAAUAUGAAUAUGUUGAACUGGCCUCUGUAGGAAAGAAGGCAAGUGGUGACUGAGGGUAGACUAUCUGUCUGAACUGAAGAUGAUGUGUGGAAUAAGAUCAGCACAAAGGAGGAGGCAGUACCUGUUUGGACAUCAUGUUUCCACACUGAGCUCUGUCCAGUAAUGUCUGAAGAACUUCACGACUACAGUAUAAAGUGUAGUUUGUACUGUAAAACUACAGCAAGUGCUUUAGUUUUUAAAUAUCAGUGUCAUUCCUGUUUAAUCGUUGUACCUUCAUAUUUACUCACUAUGUCCUGUUUCCUGUUACAUGUAAGGAUGUAGGAGUGGCUCAUCCAGCGGUUUGCACCUUAAGCUCGACACUGUACACCAGUUUGUCACAGACACUUUCAUCAGUGUGACAGUAUGUGUGUGUGAUAGAUUGUUGUAUAAAGCCUGUGAGUGCUCCAGGGAAGAAUCAGUCCCGCACUUUGUACAUCAUAGAUCAUAUAUCCAGUGAGGUGCUUUAAAUAUGUACUAAUUUAAUAUGAUAAACCAUUUCAUGCUUGGUCACUGUGUAGUUUUGUUGCUCUUAGAUAUAUUUUAAUUUUUUUAAUAUAAAUAAUCAUUUGCACAACACACAAAGUAUAUCAAAGAAGCACUAGCAGUGUAUAAUCCCAACAGGCUAUGUGCUGCAGGCUUUUAAGGUGGCUAUAAAUAAACAAUUGCUUAAAUACCUGGUACUAUAUCCCGCUGUUAAAGUUCAUUACAGGCCAACAGUGCUUUUACUUUGAAACUUCUUAAACGAGCUGUUUUAAAUUGUCCAUGGUUUAUUUGAAGAAUUUCAGUGAGGGUUUAGAGCUCAUCAUCGCACAGAAAAACAUUUUAAUAAAUAUGAAGAGGUUAAUAAAUGAAAGUCUAAACAUGAUACUAUACGCGGCUUAAAUCUAAAUUGGAUGCAGGUAUUGUGCUAUGGGGGUAAAGAUUUUCUGUAUCUGUCCUUGUGGUGCUGAGACAGAAAGAGAUGUUAGAGAAAGUGUUCACCUGCACCCCCAGUAAUUAUCCACAGUCACAGAGCUCUGCACGACCUCUGCUUCAGAAAGAGCAUCAUUGUUGUCAGCUCGCAUCCAGCUCCAGCACUUUAAGCCUGCCUUGCCUGGAUUACAGGUGCUGAUGGCCAAAUGAAGCUUUGAAGCUUGUGUUGAAAUACGGUUCAUUACUCGAAGCAUUUCAACACAGUCCUCUCUGCUGACAUCUGGUGGCCAAAAAUAUGAAGAGCAGCUUGAAACUACAAAAUAAAACGAGCUGCUUCAUUAUGACUGCAGAGUGGAGCUCUGUCUGUUAUUGGGCCGCCGUUGUGUUGCUUUGAACAUGUAU